AUGGCCUAUAUACCCCAGCAAAUUGACGCAGUUAGCGGCGAGCAAUACCGUUAUGCGUUGACUAACUUCCGAAUCGCGCACGAGAAAGUCGAAGAACAACGUCGGCAACUAGAAGAACAAGAGAAACAGGUUGCAUUACUCCGCGCGCGAAUCGCCUUGCUAGAAGGGACUGCGAAUGAUGAGCAACGGGAGAACAAACAUCUUGGGGGCAGCUCAGUCGAUGACUUCUCCAUCAAAAAUGCCGCGUCCUUGUUGGAGCGCUCGAUCAAUCGCUGGGCAGCAGAUAUUGUGCGCGCACCGCCUUCUGCACUCUCUGAUAUCCAUGGAGCCGCCUUGGGCGACAUCACAGGCUCUUAUGAUCCCGCGCCCUAUGAUGUCUCGCCAAUGCAGGUACAGAACAUCCUCCGCCAUGCGAUGUCAGAAGUCAUCAGUAGCGAGAUCAUCAACAAUCUCGUUGUGACCAACUCCCCCGAAGCAAACCACUUGUUCGCCCGCAAUCCUGUAGUAGCAUGUGUUUGGCGCCGACAAACAUUCUCAGCGGCAGUGGAGAACUGCGACCCAGAAAUGACAGCUGCUAUUCUUGCAGAGACACUCCCAGCGCUCACCAAAGUGCUUGCGGGAUCAGCAAACAACACAGCACCGAUUCUAGCAAACGCAUACACCUUCUCGCGUAUGCUGCACAGUGCCCCAUCAUCAUCCACCGAUGCGUUUUACCGUAGCUUCGUCCCCGAACUCGGAAGUAUCCUUUAUCCGCGUCAGAUAGAGCUCGUGCGCCGCUGUCUCAAGAGCGAGCGAGGCGAGCAGGAUCGUGUAGGUGCGACGAUCUUCCCUGGGCUUGUGAAGGUCACGAGGGGCGGUGUGGCAGUUACCGAACAGAAUCAGGAAACGGUACAUACGGUCGUGCGGCGCGCGCAGGUGAUCUGCGAAUGUGCGCUCAUAUCAUCGGGGAAUGUACCAAUGCAAGGGUAA